CACCCCCUCCUCCUCCCCCCCCCCCCGACUUGACACACACACACACACACACUAUGCGGAGGAUAGCGAGGAUACAAAGGCCCUCUGCGGCACUGACCCAGUGCCUGCACGCCUCGGCCUCGGCACCCCAGCACACGGCUGUUGUCGGCAGGGCAGCACCAGCAGCAGCGAGGCGGACACGCGACUUCACGACCACACCACAGAGGCAAUUCCACAGCUCGGGGAGGCUGGCAGACAAGACAGGCCCCGGAGAAGAGAACGCCGCCGAAAAGGACGCCGAAGAGGCCGCCAAGAAAAAGGAUGCUCGCGCCUGGAGGGAGAAACGCCGCGCAGCAGCAGAGGAGGACGCCACAACACCCACAACCACAACCACGACCGGCGACGCCCAGCAGCAGGAACAACAAACACCCCAAGAAGCAUCAGCAGCAGCCGAGCAGCUCCUCGAGUCCUACGACCCCGAGGCCGAGGCCGCCGCCGCCGAGGAGGCCGUCGAGACGGACCUCGUCCUGCCCCCCGCGGACGUGGCCGUCGCGCCGCGCGAGGACGAGCUCGAGGCCGACGGCGUGCGGUACGAGCCGGCCGGCAGCGCGCGCGGGCUCGAGGUCGUCGGCGGGCUGGGCGGCUGGUUCCAGCGCGACGAGCACUGGGGCGCCUCGAAGCGGUACGCCGGGUUCGCGCCCUCGCGGAGGGUGGACGACGCGAGCCUGCUGGAGCUCAACGUGCGGCGCGCGGUGGCCGAGGCGCUCGCCGUCGCCGCCGCGGGUGCGGGUGCGGGUGCAGGUGCGGGCAACAGCGAGGCGCCGCUGUCGCUGACGGGCCUGUGGGAGCGCGGCGGGCGCGAGGAGGCCGAGCGCGCGCUGGGCCUGAGGCUCGAGGUCCGCGCCGACGGCGCCGUGGGCGUCGUCGCUGCCGAGGCGGAGGGGGUCGCGCGGGCGCUGCGGUGGGACCCUGACGCGCCUGGUGCGGCGGCCGCGGGGCCCGGCGAGGAGGUUGGCGCGCAGCAGUUCUCGGCUGAGGAGGCGAGGGAGAUUGUGCAGUCGUGGGAUAAGGGCUGGAAGGACAUCUCGCUGCACGAUGUCCAGCUCAAGUUUGCUGUAACGAAGCGCAUCCUCCAGCUCACGGGCCACGCGGUCCCCGACUCGAAGCUGCUGUCGGUCCACACGGCGGGCCAGCUCGUGGCGCUGCUCGUCAAGCCGGAGCCGCCCACCAGGGUCGCCGAGGCCCUCGAGCAGCAGGGCCGGCUGGCCGGGCUGGCCAACGUGCGUGUGCACGCGACGCGGCGCACGCCCGUGCACAAGCACCAGGAGGUGGGCCGGUGGAAGGUCAUCGUCGAGGAGCUCGAGAGGCGCAAGAUGCCGGCCACGGGCGACGGCGGCAUCGGGCGGUUCGUCGAGGACAAGUGGCUGCGGGGGCCGAGGCUGCCCAAGAACGAGAGGAAGAAGAGGAGGUGAUGGCUGGGUCGGGACACUGGGCGUCUGUCUGUCUGAUGGCAUGGCGGCGUUGAAUGCGCCGCGUGUGUGUAUGUAUGCCAGAUUGGGGUCAGGCUGUAAACUACAAUACAAUGUAAAUGGAUUGGCCGCCGCGGCUGGCAGCAUAGAACCCCAAAUCCAUCGGUGGUUAUACAUGGCAAGUCACUGAGCGAUGACACCUGUGCCGGCCGUAUAUUGUGAGCUUUCGUAUUGCUAAUUGAC